AUGUCAGAGUCAGUUGGCAGCACUAACGAGUCCCCUAUUACAUCGUCGACCAAGUCGUUCUUCCUUUUUUCAUUGACGGAGACGUGCAACAAAGCGAAGGACUGCGUUACGUUGACGACUAAGAUGAAUUGUCGAGACAAAUGGGUCAAGAAAGUUUUUCAUCGUCAAAAAGACGGGAUGAAGACAGCGAAACCGCUGGAGCAGAAACACAAGCACAACUUUUUUCAACGAACUAUCGAGAAUCUGGUGCAUCACCACAUUAAAGCGGACAAUGACAAGAAGAGCGUGUGGGAUGAGCACAGCUACAAGGAAGAGCUAGAGAUGUACAUUGCCGAAUCGUCAGCAGACCUGUGCAACGACGACAAUGAACCACUAGAUGGCUCGGAUGACGAUACCUCGGAAGAGGAAUUUGAUUCCAUGUCCAUUUGUCCGCGUAAUGCUGAAAUUAUUGACUUUGCGUCAGUGAUCACAUCGAUACCAUUGGACAAGACUGAAGAAUUUGUAGUUCCACCUGUGGAGGUUCCUUAUAAAUACCGUCGACAGGAUUCCAAGGGUGGUGUCUUGGUAGCUGGACGGUAUGUGUUGUUUACAAAUUGGGCUUUUAAAAGGCAAAUGCAUCACAUGGGCCGUCUUGGCUCACUUCCCGAACUUGGUGACGUCCGACUUCACUCCGUUGAACAGGUCUCGAUCGAAUUGUAUACAGAAAAACUUGUGGAGCUAUAA